CUUUUCUUUUCUCUUGGUGUUUUUUUUUUUUUUUUUCUUUCUUUCAUAUUUUUCUAGGUUUUUUUUUGUUCUAGUGUUUUUAUCGGUGUUUUUGUGUGUUUUUAGUGUUUGCGAAAAUGUCUUGUGAUGAUGAUCGGGUUGGUGAGAAAAUAGAGAAAAUUAAAUCUACUCUUGCUACUUUUGCCGAUUUUCCCAAGAAAGGAAUUCUUUUCUAUGACAUUAUGCCGAUUCUAAUUGAUCCUAUUGUUUUUCAAUCGACAUUGGAUGUUUUAUCAAUUAAAUUGUCCACUUUGGGUGAUGUUGAUGCUAUCCUUGCACUGGAAUCUCGAGGUUUCCUUUUUGGACCAACUUUGGCCUUACAACAUAAAUUACCUUUUCUACCGAUACGGAAAAAGGGUAAACUUCCUGGACCAACAAAGUCAAUCUCCUAUUCACUUGAAUAUGGUCAAGAUGUAAUUGAAAUUCAAGAUGGAACAAUUAAAUCAGGAUCGAAAGUUGUUAUUGUUGAUGAUUUACUGGCCACUGGUGGUACUCUUGGUGCGGCCGUUAAGCUAAUCAAAGACUGUGGCGGUCAAGUGGUCUCUUGUAUGGUCAUCAUUGAAUUGAAAGAUUUGAACGGUUCCAUUAACGUUCAAUCACCAAUCUAUUCAUUGUUAAAACUUUAAAACAGUUAAUUGAUCAACUAUUUUUUUAACAUUGGUUACAUCGGAUUAGUUAUAUUGAUACAUUCCUAUUGUUUUGUAUAUUUAGUUUAACUAUUUAACCUAAUUUACUGAUCAAUGUUGUGAUUUACGAGCUGAUUGUGAUUAUCUAAUCAAUUGAUGAUCAUUAAUUUUACUCUGUUUAAAUUAAUUACUUUCUCUUAUUGUUAUAAGUAACCUAAAUUGAUUCACUAAAUUUCAAGGUCUUGACUUUAAUUUUUGUUUUUCUACUUAAAUUAAACAAUAACAAUUAACAGACAAUCAAAGCCCAUCAAAAAAAAAUUGGAAACUUGAAUAGCAAUCAUAAUAAUUUUUCUGUAUUAUAUCAACUUGAUUAACUUUGAACAAUUGAA